UUCAACUAACAUCAAACUAUAUAUCCGAAAAAUAAGCGUUGCAAAUAAAAAAGUACUGAAAUUUAGGAAGUCAACCAAAUCUACCAAAAUCCCCCACCACAAAUAAUAAAACCCACACGCAUAUCCCGCAUCCCACCUUUCCACGGAAUCGGACAAUCAUGACUUCCCGCACCCGUCUGCUAGGACCCGCUUAGGCCUACAUAAUUUUCGUCUUUUUUGGCGAUUAUGGCACUGACAGACCACGAAACCUCCGGAAAAUGGAUAGGAUGGCUCAAUGAAGAUGGUUCAGACACAGUCAUACCAACAUCGGCAGGACUCCCAGCAAGGACACACUAAUCUCUGGCAGUGCAUUUACAGUAUUUGGCGAAGAGGCAAAAUGAGGAUGGCUUUGUCAAGACGAAGAUGCUCAUGUGUAUGGGGGUGGUUGCUGUGCCUCUUGGCCUUUUUGUAUUUUUCUGGCCUGUACCAGUACUUUCUAGCAUGGUCAUAUUCCAAGCACUACACCCACUGGGGCCCACUACUCUCCCUCGAUCCCAUCAUGGAGAAGAUGAGAGCGGGAGAAGAAGUGGCACAGAAACCGGUCAAUGAGUUCACUCACACAUAUAUCCAUUCCAAUACAGAAAAGUGUGAAACUCAGGAUUCCAUUAGAUUGAUGUACAUUGUAAAGUCAGCUGUCCAAAACUUUGAGAAGAGGAAAGGAAUUCGAAACUCAUGGGGAUUUGAAGGCAGGUUCUCUGAUGUGGAAAUUAGAACUGUAUUUCUUUUGGGAACAAGACCAAGUGAGCCCCAUCUGCAGGAGAGAGUUGACAAAGAAGCAGAGGAAUACAAAGACAUCAUACAAGCUGAUUUUAUUGACUCUUAUUAUAACAACACUCUAAAGGCAAUGAUGGGGAUACAUUGGACAUACCAGCAUUGCCAGUAUGUUAAAUAUUUUCUUUUUGUUGAUGAUGACUACUAUGUGUCAACCAGAAACAUGCUUCGGUUUCUCCGGGAUCCAGCAAAUUACCCACAGUAUUUGGAAAAAUAUGUAGUAUCAGCAGUAAAUGAAUAUAAAGAUUUCUUGUAUGCUGGUUAUGUUUUCAACAAUUCUCUUCCCAUAAGGUGGAUUUUCAACAAGUGGUAUGUCUCAUUAGAUGAAUAUCCUUAUUCACACUGGCCACCAUAUAUUACAGCAGGUGCAUAUGUGCUGUCCAGGAAAAGUUUGGAGUAUCUUUACAUUGGUUGCAUAUACACAAACUACUUCCGUUUUGAUGACAUAUUCCUGGGAAUGGCUGCCAAGAAGGCUGGACUCACACCCUUCCAUCAUAAUGAGUUUUACUUUGAUAGGAAGACAUAUAACAAAGAAAACUACAAGUGGGUCAUUGCCUCACAUGGAUUUGAUGAUCCUGGAGAGCUGAUAGAUGUAUGGAGUGAACAGAGAUCAGCUGGUAAUACAUAAAUAGCAUCUACAAUCUCCAUUUGCACAAGUUAUGUAUUUGCAUACCUCAGUUACAUUACAGUUUUGUAUAGUUCAUGCAUUUUAAUUAUCAAGUGCUUUUGUUCAUUCCCUUUUCAGCUUUUUUUUUCAAUAGCACUAUGUUUAAUAGAAACGUUAACCAUUUAAAAGGUGCAGAGAUGUUUCCCAGGUCUUUACUGAUCCUCAAAUUAUUUUCACAUUACCUGUUCUGAUAUUUCUUUACUUGCUGAAUAGGUAGUACAAAGUCCAUGAUGUAUAUAGUGCAAUUAUGAAGUAUUGGAUAUGACAUCCAUAUUUUAUGUGUUGUUUUCUGUGUAAAUUACAUUUGAUUGUAUGUAUUAGACUUUAUGAUCAAUAAUUUUGAUUUCUCCAUUUUUGCAAUCCAGGGUGCAAUCGCAUUAAUUAGAUUGGCAAUGCAAAUAUAUUUAUUCAUGACUGUAUUUUUACUUUCUUAUUCAUGUUGGAAUCAGUGGUUCUUACUCUUGGGCGUGUGUGCAUUCCAGUGGAGGGAGUGGGGCGGGGGCGGCAUGGACCUAGAGAUGAAAAAUAGGAAUAUAUUCACCUAGUUUUGGAAUUCUCUCAAUUUAUGUUGCAGUGGAUAGGAGUUCGUUAUGCAGAAAAAUUCUUAAGUGAAAAAUACUAUAAAUAUCUUUUUCAGGUUUUAAAUUUUAAUUCAGGAGUCCUUUCUAAUCAUUAGGUUGAAGGUAUGUGCUAGAGGGAUGUAUAGAAAUAAACUAGAAACUAUAUAGAAGGGACAUGGAGGUAACAAGUGUAAGAACCACUGAUGUAGAUGGUAUACUAUUUGUGGUGCUUUCAACUUCUACUUAAUUAAUAGUGUAGACAUAACAAAAUGUGGUUUUGCUACUACAGUCCAGUAAUACCUUUUUACUUUUUUAAAGAUUAAAAUGUAUGACAAGAAUAUAAUGUAUUUAGUGGUUGGGUACAAUUUAUUUUUUUUGUAUUGCACAUUGUGAAUGCUUUUUACCUAGUUAGACAAUUUGAACAAAUGUCAAAAGAUUUCCCUUUCUAUCAAAGUCAAUGUUUAGCACUGCUACUAGUUUAUACUUGGUUGGAUUAAUGAUGAAUCAUUAAAUCUGUAAUUUCCUUUUUCCAUUUACUCAUACAUGUUUUUUUUAUUUUUUAUAGAAAAUGAAAAUGUGUCUUCCCUUUGCUAUAUCACUUUUAUUUUAUUGUAAUUUUCGUCUUUCAUUGACCUACUAAACUGGUAAUGUAACUGUUGUCUUAGUGUGAUGUAGCACUUCCUUAAGGUGCCAGAAUUUUACAUGAACAGAUUUCUAGUUUUCUUGAUGUACUAUGACAUGGGAUAUGAGGUAAUGGCUUUGCUACUAUAGCCCAUCUAGAUAAUCUUUAAGGUAGGCAAGGCAGUUGGGCUGGAGUUGAAACUCUCUUUUGGGAUAAAGCCCUAGAUAUAUGCUCCCUACGUUAACCAGCUUUCUUUAAGAGGUUGAAUACUUUGAAUAUUUAUUUGCUCUUACUUCUGAUUAAUAUGAUUAUUACUUCACAAGUUGCAGCAACAGGAAAAGGAAAAGCAGUCUGCAAAUCUUUGCUGCAAAUCUAUAGUGAGCAUAUUGAGUGAUGGGUAGAAUAUAUCUUUUAGGUCUUGGUAGCAGUUGCUGUAUGUUAAGAACAGUGACCAUGAAUAAGAAGAAGAAUUCUCAUGACAGUGUUCAUAUAAUCCAUGAUUGGGUUGCAUGACCAUCAUGUGAAAUUUCUCAGAAGAGGAAAGGUCAGCAUUACCCGUAUGAUGUGGUAUCAACAGAUGAAUCAGAAUGCCAUUCAUGGUUCACCUGUUUUGUAUGCCUGUGCAGCAAGAUUUGUAAAUGCCAGUAUGAAGGUUUGAGUCUGUCCAUGGAUUUAUAUGAGCAUGUCAUGAAUUUCUUCCUGUUGGUAGCAAUAUAUUAUUCUGAAUAUCAGUGGUUUGUGAGCAUGCCUACUUUUAGUAAUAUGGUUUGAUGAGCUGCAAACUUAUAGCAACAGUUGCAAAGAAAUUGUCACUUUGGGAAAUGGUUUUCAUAUUCGUAAACCAUAUUAUUGCUAUAAAUAUGGAUAGAAGAGCAGUAAAGGAACAAACUUCUAUAUUUAGUAUAGGUAUUUUCAAAGAAGAAAUAGGGAAUGCUUAAUGAAUGUAGAAACUAUCAGGUUGUUGCUUCCAACUUGACUUUUUAUUUAUUUAUUUAUUUAUUUUGCCCAUCAUGAAGUGAAUGAAUUUGCCCAAACCUUAUAAUAUACAUUAAGAACAGAACAGCUAGAAAGUGGAAUAGCUUUUGACAGCAUAUCUGUGAUACUGACAAGAUUAAUUGAACAAUUGCUUCCAUAAUUCAGUUUAGUUUGUAUAUUAGACGGAAUUUUAACAGGGUCCCAAUACUGCAUGUAUUCAAGUUGGUAUUACGUCAUUUUGUCUUCUCUGAACCUUUUCUAGAAACAUAAGAGAAGUUAGAAGUUGGUGGUCUGACUUUGCUUUAUAAGGUGUAAAUAUGAUAAUUUCUUUUUGAUAGUAUGAUAUUUCUUGAAUAUUGGUGUAUGAAUUGCUGGUUGUGAUUUUGUGAUUUUCUACAGUGUUCACUAAAUGAAAGGCUAAUCUCUCUUUUUAAGUCUCUCCUCUUACUUUUAUCUCUUUUUUUGUCCUUUCAUUAUCAUGCUCCCUGACCCUUCCACUCUUCCUUUCACUAGCUCAUAAAUAAUGAAAUUGAAGAGAGAAACUAUCAGUAUUUUUUCUGGUGAUACUUUCCUGAUAUAUGGAUGUUGCUUGUAUAUAACAAUGGCAUCAUGAUUCUUCUUUGCUGUUUUUUGGGCACUUAAAGAUAAGCAAGUUAUCUGAUUAUUGGUAACUGAUGUGAAAUUGAUGGAGUAUUGUUUUUUCUUUCUAAUGUGAAAUUCAUUCAGUGUUUUCUUUAACUUCUGCACUGAUAUCUGGAUCAUGCAGUAUAUGUGAUAUCAUUAUCCAUAUUACUAUAUGUUUGUAAGUGAAUUUCUUGUGUUAAUAAAAUUUAUGUUGGUG